CAAGCCACCAUCUUCUCUAUCUCGCUGGGCGGAUUAUUACAGAAGAGAGAUGGAUCAGAUACUGAACAAGGUGGGCUCUUAUUGGUUAGGACAAAAGGCAAACAAAGAGUUCAAUUCCGUCGGUGACGACUUUAAUGUAUCCUUCCCUUUCCCUAUCUCUUUCUUUGCUUUUAAUAGUUUCAGUUUAUUAUUACAUAAUCGAAAACUCUGUUGUGUGUUUAAUUGAAAGUUCACUGCUUUAUCGUUACUCGUACCUUAACUGAAAACCCUUGUAGAAGAUACUAGAGAUAGAAGAAGAUUGGUUAUAUAUAUGUUUACACUUGGUCCUGAAUCCCAUUUAGCACUUGUUGUUACAGUUUUGUACUUAUGGUCAUUGUCUAGCAGUAUUGAAGGAGGUACCAAGUGGUUGGUCAACAAACUCAAAGGAAAAAUGCAGAAGCCAUUACCUGAGCUGCUAAAGGAAUUUGGUUUACCUGUUGGGAUCUUUCCACAGGACGCCACAAACUACGAGUUCAACGAAGAGACGGGCAAGUUGACUGUCUUCAUCCCUGAGACCUGCGAGGUUGGGUACAGGGAUUCAUCGGUCCUGCGGUUUUCGACAACGGUGACGGGUUACCUGGAGAAAGGGAAGCUAGCUGAAGUGGAAGGCUUGAAAACAAAGUUGAUGAUUUGGGUGAAAGUGACUUGUAUCUCAGCAGACCCAUCAAAGGUGUAUUUCACGGCAGGGAUGAAGAAAAGCAGGAGCAGAGAUGCUUAUGAGGUUAUACGGUCUGGUUUUAGUGUUGAUAAAUUCUAACUUAUGGUACCAAUUAAUAAUAAAACGAGUGUUACCAAGUUAGUUUUUGUAUGUAUGCUUUUAGCACUUUGUGUUAAACAACACCUGAUGAAGCAAACCUUUUACUUAUUAAUGUGUAAGAAUGUUGGUACUUGAAUUGUGUUGCAGUAAGCAGAGAUCAAGCACAAAUAUUUUACUUUA